CAAUUCAGUUUGAAACUCGCUCAUGAACUCAAAAUUAGGCCCAUAUCACCUUCUUCCUCCUCUAUUUCCUCUCUGUAAGAAGGAAAACCAGAGCAAACUUCUCAGUGUAUCAAAAGGAGAAGAAUUGCCCUAAAAUUGUAGCAAAGAUGAUGCUUAAAGGAUCGAUAUCAGCAAAUCAUGUUCAACCCAACAUUCUUAACUUCCACAAAACACAAAAUAAUGGUUAUCAUGUGAGACAGUUGGGCUUCUCAACAAACAAGUUGAGAUUAGGUAUAAUAAGAUCAGGAAUAUCCGAGUCUUCUAGUAUUUCACCUGUUCAAGAAAACUGCAGAUGCGAUCUACCAUUAGUGAAGAUGUGUGGAAUCACAUCUGCUAGAGAUGCUGCUAUGGCUGCAGAAGCUGGUGCAAAUCUUAUCGGAAUGAUCAUUUGGCCCAAGUCAAAACGUUCAGUGUCACUAUCUGUUGCUAAAGAGAUUUCAAAAGUUGCAAAGACAUAUGGGGCAGAGGCUGUUGGUGUAUUUGUAGAUGACGACGCAAACACGAUUUUAAGGGCAUCUGAUGCAGCAGAACUUGACCUUGUGCAGCUUCAUGGAAAUUGUUCUAGAGAGGAUUUUCCAAUUCUGCAGCAAGAAAGACGAAUUGUCUAUGUGCUUCAUGCUAAUGAAGAUGGAGAUCUUCUAAACCAGAUUGCUGAUGAAGAUUGUACUUUAGCAGAUUGGAUCCUGGUUGAUUCCGCCAAAGGUGGCAGUGGCAAAGGAUUCAACUGGACAAAGUUUAAGCUACCACAUAUUACAAGUAAACAUGGAUGGCUCUUAGCUGGAGGGAUUCAUCCAGAAAAUGUCUGUGAAGCCCUUGUUACUCUUAAACCGCAUGGAAUUGAUGUGAGCAGUGGCAUUUGCGGCUCUGAUGGCAUCCAAAAGGAUCCAUCUCGGAUAUCAUCGUUCAUGUCUGCAGUGAAUUCUGUGAGAUAUUGAUCUCAGCGAGAGAACAAGUAAUAAUAAAUCUAGCAUUCAUUGCAAACUAAGAGGGUAUCAACAGCCUGAGGUUUAAGAUAAUCCACUGAUGAUGAGCUUCUAAAGCAAUUCGGGCACAAAUAUGGCAAUAUGGCCAUGUUAUUGUUACAUUGUAGUAACUAUCUAAUGAGCUCAUAAAAUGCUUAAAUCCUAGACUCCCCAACCUAAUCGUGUCAAUGGACCAACAAUUGCAAAUUUCAAUUACUUGUCCCUUUGUUCU